UCUGCUGAAAUUUUGCCUCAAGAUCUGGAUUUGUCCAUCAUUCUGUGGGUGAUCAGCCUGUGACACUGUUAUUAAUCCGCAGGGGGAAAUUUAAUUCUUUCUUCAGGAACACGGCUUCUUCUGAGGUGUGUCCUGCUCUGAAGCACUGAUGAUGGGUAUGUGGGCCAGAGUGGCUGCUCUGUCUCUGUUGCUGCAACAGCUGGUGCAAACUGUCACAGCUCAAGGCACUGUCUACGACCUGCUGGACUCUCCAGACUGCCUGCCAGACUUGCUGCAAGGGAAGCUGAAGAUCAAAGGGCAAGACGAGGCUUUCCUCCUCUCUUCCUUCAGGCUCCACAACAAGGGCCCCACGUCUCUCUACAGUGUCGUCAACCCCAAAGACAACACCAAGUACCUGGACUUCAGCGUGCAGGCAAAACUGAGCAAGGUGAUUAUUCGUUACCAGAAGACUGACGGCAGAUUUAGCACCACCAGUUUCAACCACGCCUCCCUGGCAGAUGGCAAAGAUCAUCAUGUCAUGCUACACGCCAGCGGUCUACAGCGAGGCCCACCUCGCCUCAACAUCUAUGUAGACUGCAGACUGGCGCACACUUUGGAUCAUCUUCCGGCUGCGUUUGGGUCACUCCCGCCUGGUCCCAACAGGGUGGCACUUAGGACCCUGCAGUCAAGUGGACAGGAUGAACUGACAGACUUGAAGCUGGUGACAGAGGACACUAUAGACAAUGUGGCAACUUUGCAGGACUGUAGUGUGGAUCAGGGUGAAUCUGUGCAACUGCUUGGUUUCCAGGGAGGCAGGAUAGUUCACGACCAGGCCACCAUGCUGGAGCUGAGGAGCAUGCUAUCUGAGAUGAGGGAGCUACUCCACCAGCAGAUUAAGGAGACAGCUUUUCUGAGGAACACCAUCGCGGAGUGUCUUGCCUGUGGUCUCGGGGGCAGUCCAGCCAACACAGGUCCAGCUCCAGCUCCAGGGCAGUUUGUCAUGCAGCCUCAGCCUCUGACUCAGUGCCCACCUGGGACCUGUUUCAGACAGGACAUGUGCAUCCGUUCAGAGUCAGGGGUUUUCCAGUGUGCUCCUUGUCCUGAUGGAUAUACAGGAGACGGGACGCACUGUGACGACGUAGAUGAGUGCCAGUUUAACCCGUGUUUCCCCGGUGUCCGGUGUGUGAACACCGCUCCUGGUUUUCGCUGUGAAAAAUGCCCUCUGGGAUACACCGGACCCGAGAUAAAUGGGGUGGGCGUAUCCUAUGCUAAGUCACAGAGACAGACAUGUGAGGAUAUAGAUGAGUGUCUGGGCCCGCCUGACAAUGGAGGUUGCACUGCCAACUCACACUGCUACAAUACUAUGGGCUCCUUCCGCUGCGGCAAGUGUAAAACUGGCUUCAUAGGUGACCAGGUGGGAGGCUGCCAUGGUACCAAGCUUUGCCCCAAUGGUCAACCCAACCCCUGUGACGCCAAUGCUGAGUGUGUGGUGGAGCGAGAUGGCAGCAUUAGCUGUAUGUGUGGCGUUGGUUGGGCAGGUAAUGGCUAUGUGUGUGGAAAGGACACAGAUAUUGACGCAUAUCCUGACAAUAAGCUUGAGUGCAGAGACAACAACUGUAAGCAGGACAACUGUGUGUUUGUGCCAAACUCUGGCCAAGAGGAUGCAGACAGGGACGGGAUGGGUGACGCCUGUGAUGAUGAUGCAGACAGUGACGGCAUAAUUAACAUAGAUGAUAACUGCUGGCUCGUUCCUAACCUGGACCAGAGGAACAGCGAUAACGAUCUCCAUGGUGAUGCAUGUGACAACUGCAGAACAGUAGAGAAUCCCUCACAGAGAGAUACAGACCUGGAUGGCCUGGGAGAUGAAUGUGAUGAUGACAUGGAUGGGGACGGCUUGAAGAAUAUUCUUGACAACUGCCAGCAAGUCCCCAACCCAGACCAGAGAGACAGAGACCACGACGGGGUGGGAGACGCCUGUGACAGCUGUCCUGAUAUGGCCAAUCCUAACCAGUCCGACUCAGAUGAUGACCUUGUAGGAGAUACCUGUGACGACAACAUAGACAGUGAUGGGGACGGCCACCAGAACACAAAGGACAACUGUCCCACGGUCAUCAACUCCUCUCAGCUGGACACUGACAAGGAUGGAAUGGGAGAUGAAUGUGACGAUGACGAUGAUAACGACGGCAUACUGGACAAUGAUGAUAACUGCAGACUAGUUGCCAACCCAGAACAAAAGGACUCCGAUAACAACAAAGUUGGAGAUGCAUGCGAAGGAGACUUUGACAAAGACAACGUCAUUGACAUAAUCGACCACUGCCCAGAGAAUGCUGAGGUCACCCUGACUGACUUCCGAGCCUAUCAGACUGUAGUGCUGGACCCAGAGGGGGACUCUCAGAUCGACCCCAACUGGGUGGUUCUCAACCAGGGCAUGGAGAUAGUCCAGACCAUGAACUCUGACCCUGGCCUUGCUGUAGGCUACAAAGCAUUCAGUGGGGUCGACUUUGAGGGAACAUUCCACGUGAACACGGUGACAGAUGAUGACUACGCUGGGUUCAUCUUCGGCUACCAGGACUCCUCCUCAUUCUACGUGGUGAUGUGGAAACAGACAGAGCAGACCUACUGGCAGGCUGCGCCCUUCAGAGCCGUUGCUGAGCCGGGAAUACAACUCAAGAUGGUGAAAUCUGAAACAGGUCCAGGUGAGCACCUGAGGAAUUCCCUCUGGCACACAGGAGACACCACCGGGCAGGUCCAUCUCUUGUGGAAAGACCCCAGGAAUGUCGGCUGGAAGGACAAGGUUUCCUACCGCUGGUUCCUCCAGCACAGACCACAGGUCGGAUACAUCAGGGCUCGCUUUUUUGAGGGUUCAAACCUGGUGGCAGACACAGGGGUGAUAAUUGACACCAGUAUGAGAGGAGGGCGACUGGGAGUGUUCUGCUUCUCUCAGGAAAAUAUCAUCUGGUCCAAUCUGAAGUAUCGUUGCAACGACACUAUUCCUGCUGACUACCAGGAUCUCCGUGCCCAGAACACAGAAUGAAGCUAUAGGGGGAGUGAUCUAUCAAGGAAACAACUUGAGCCCUGCUGAAAACAUGGAUGAAAGGAGCAGAGCUGCACUGCUAUGAGCAAAGAGGUAGAGGUCAUGAGUUAGAGAAAGAGAGAUGAAUGUGGGAACAUGGUGGACAGUCUUAGUGAUGGUAUUUUAACUGUCAUUGGAGUGACAGGGUCUUAAGAAAGCAUAAAAUUGGGCAUUAUAUACUUAUCGUUAAUUCAGUGUGAAUGAAGCCAGUACAUUCUUGUAUAAAUCAUCAGCAGGUUUUGUGUAUUUCUAUAUCACCUUCGGUUUUAUCAGCAUUUUAUGAGUACUGUUUAAGAGGCAAUAAUGUUUUUGAAUAUAUUGUAGGUACAAUAAAGC